AUGAAGUAAAAUAAUAAAAAUUAACACAACACACUCUCUCCUUUUCUCGCUCUUUUUUCUUUUUCUUGUCUCAGAAACUCCAUUGUCUCCAACAGUGAACUGAUCUCACAAAAACCCUCCGAUUUAGGGUUUUCAAAAUUCCAUUGUUCACAUUAUUCGUCUUCUGCACUCUCUCUUUCCCUCGCCUUUUGUUUUUGAUAUCUGAUUCGAAAUUAAUAGAGAAAGAGAAAGAGAUAGAGAGAGGCUACUGUAUUUUGUGUUUGCUCGGACAUGGAGUAUUACGGAGUGGUGGUGGCAUUUUGAGUAAAUAAAGGAUGAAACAAGGGGCAGGAUUGGGAAUCAAUGGGAGUGGCCAAGUCCUGGAGGUUUAGCGUUAUAUCGGCGAACCUGGCGCUGUUACAGCAACAAAACGGUAACCAUAGCUCUAACAGAGGCGGCGGUAAACACCACCACCACCACCACCACCAUCACAGUCACAAUGAGUGGUGGAGAUCCUCUGGGACGCAGCAGCGCAGGAAGAUCCCGUGGUCGCUAGUUUGCGGGAUAAUGUUGUUCGUUCUGGGCUUGAUUUCGCUGUUCACUGGACACAUGGCGUCCUGGUAUUCUCACAGACUUAUCACGCGGGAGACAGACCCACUGGAAAGGAUUCGGCGAGAACCCAUUGAUAUAUGGAAAUCCAAGUACUCAAAUUUCUAUCAUGGAUGCAGUGAAAGAGGAAGAAAUUUUGCCCCUGCCAAACGGGAGAAGUCAUCAAAUGGCUAUUUGCUUAUUGCAGCUAGUGGAGGGCUGAACCAACAAAGAACAGGAAUAACUGAUGCUGUAGUUGUUGCGCGGAUUCUUAAUGCUACAUUAGUUGUUCCAGAGCUCGAUCAUCAUUCAUAUUGGAAGGAUGAUAGUGAUUUUGUCAACAUUUUUGAUGUUGAUUGGUUCAUUUCCUACCUCGCAAAAGAUGUGACAAUUAUCAAAAGAGUUCCUGAUAAAGUCAUGCGAUCAAUGGAAAAACCUCCGUAUACCAUGCGUGUCCCAAGAAAAUCCCCCCCUGAGUAUUACCUAGAUCAAGUUCUGCCCAUCCUAUUGAGGAGACGUGUUGUACAAUUGACAAAGUUUGACUAUAGGCUUGCAAAUGACCUUGAUGAAGAGCUACAAAAGUUGCGCUGCCGAGUUAAUUAUCAUGCUUUAAGAUUUGCAAAACCCAUACAAGAUAUUGGCCAAAGACUUGUUAUGAAAAUGAGAAAGAUGGCAAAACGUUUUAUCGCAAUCCACUUGAGGUUUGAACCUGAUAUGCUUGCAUUUUCUGGAUGUUAUUAUGGUGGGGGAGAGAAAGAGAGAUUUGAGCUUGGUGCAAUAAGAAAGAGAUGGGACACAUUACCUGAUUUAAGUGCAGAGGAAGAGCGGGCAAGGGGGAAAUGUCCACUUACUCCUCAUGAAGUGGGGUUGAUGUUGCGUGCCCUUGGAUUUGCUAAUGACACAUACAUCUAUGUUGCAUCUGGAGAAAUAUAUGGUGGAGAAGAGACUCUGCGGCCACUCAGAGAACUCUUUCCAAACUUCUACACAAAGGAGAUGCUUGCUAAUGAAGAACUGAAGCCUUUUCUUCCAUUUUCUUCUCGCCUGGCAGCCAUCGACUACAUUGUCUGUGAUGAAAGUGAUGUUUUUGUCACCAAUAAUAAUGGAAACAUGGCCAAGAUUCUUGCCGGUCGAAGGAGGUAUGCAGGGCAUAAGAGGACCAUUAGGCCAAAUGCAAAAAAGCUCAGUGGAUUGUUCAUGCAAAGGAAUGAGACAGACUGGGAUACAUUCGCGAAAAGAGUGAAAGCAUGCCAGAGAGAAUUUAUGGGAGAGCCGAACGAGGGGAAGCCUGGACGAGGUGAGUUCCACGAAUAUCCAUCUCCUUGCAUAUGUGAGAAACCAUUCAGUAGUGAUGAAAGCAGCAAUGAUGAAACUCGCCUGUUAGACCAAGUUCCUGUAAACUCAAAAUUUCCAUCCAAGUACGUUGAGGAGAAUCAAGGAGACAAAAGCCAUGGAAGGUCAAAAGAAGAGAAGGCAUGGGAGAACUUGUACCUCUAAAGGGAUAUUGAGGAUGAUAAAAAUUUCCAGACUAAGGUAACUGAAGAACUAAGCCCAGAAAUAUGCGGUGGCUUAAUUUAAUUUUAUAUUGAUCAGAUUUUCUGAGACAGUUGAAGGCUCAGUCAUUUCGUCUCUUCAGCUUGCCAACCUUCUGAUGCUGGUAUGAAAUUUUAUUCCCCAGCAUUACAACUGAAGCUUGCUAAAAUGUCAGUAAUCUGGGUUCUUGUGGCUACAAGGAACAAAUUGAAUUUGUGUACAGAAAUGAUCUUUGAUGAGUUGCAAUUGUUCAUAAAAUAGUUUUGCUAGGUACACGUCUUAGGUAUGCCAGAAAUUAAAGUUUCGACUUCGUAAGUUGCAUUAUUAUUAAAAUUUAUCAUUUUAUGUCUUUCUCUUUUUCAUUGUGGUUCAGAUGAUCCAAUGAAAUUAGCUUUGUUGAUAA